AUCGAGCUGAUGUCUAUCUAACAUCGUUCGCUGCGAAACCAGACGACACGAAAUCCUCGGCGUCCACAACGACGCGUAACCGGUGUGCAUACGAUCUGCCACGUCAGUGCGAACCACCACCGACUCUCCCCAGGGGCUUAUGAUCUUUCCCUUAUAAACCUUGUCGUGGCGAACUCUUCAUUUUGUUCACCGAACCCCGCCUGGUGUCCAUAGUCCCAUCGAUACAUUUCCAUUCCACCGCCCGUCUACUCCUAUUCGUGUUGCCUCUUUAUAGUCAGCGCGAACAUACGUUUCGUUUAGGACGUGUCCAACAUGCUUCCUCAGUUGUUGCUCUGGACACUCACUUUGGCGCCCGCGUUUACGAACGCUGCGUUAUGGCCAAAGGAUACGCUUGUGAAGCCGAUCGAUGCGAAGGGGUUCAGGAAGGUCAUGAAAAAUAAUGAAACAAGUCUUGUCGCGUUCGUCGCGCCGUGGUGUGGCCACUGUCAACGGAUGGCUCCUGAGCUCAGUAAAGCUGCCCUCGGUCUGCAUCCACUCAUCCCAACCUACGCCGUCGACUGCGAUGCCCAAAAGAAUAAGGCUCUCUGUGCUGAACAGGGCGUGCAAGGUUUCCCAACUGUCAAGCUCUUCCCCCGCGGUAGCGAGAUGAAGCCAAUACUAUUCGAUGGAGCCCAGCGCACUGCUAGCUCCUUCUAUUACUUCGCCGAACGAAACAUCCCAGGGAACAACAAGAAACUCUACUAUCAACCUGACUUUGAGCCAUGGGCAAAGGAGAAUGUUGAUAUGCCCCGCGCACUCCUCUUGUCUAAACCAAAGGGCGUCCCCAUAUUGUGGCGAGUGUUAGCAAACAAGUAUAAGGACAAGAUCGUGUUCGCGAGUCACAAGGAUUGGUCGAGUAAGACGUCGAAGAAGAUGGGACUACCUGUUGGCGGGAAGAAGGACUCGAAGGUGCUAGUUUACCCCGUCGGUUCGAUCGAGCCUGUUCUCUUCGAAGGUAUCCUCAAAUACGAAUCUCUCGUCAAAUUCUUCGACUCCCUGAUCGACGGAACUGCCGACCUCGGUGCCGCCAACGCCGCCGCGCGCUCAGAACAGUUCGAACCUAGCCCCGAAGAACAAGAGAUCGAGAAAGCGCAAGAAGCACAAAAGAUCGCGCUCGCGCAUGGUGGCUUCUCCGACAUCAUCGACUUCGAGGAGGCGAUCAAGAAACACGGAACGGGGUUCCAUGAUACGCACGGGUUCGGGGGCAGCUUGGGCGAUAUGAGGGAUAUGCCUAUGAAGAAGGAUAAAUCAGAGAAGGAUGUGGACGAUUUGGAGAAGACUGCGACGGAUGAAGCGGUAGAGGAGGCGCUGAAGGGUGGGAAGGGGAAGGAGGACGACCCGAUUUUGAAGGUUUUGAAGGCGCAGAAGGAGAAGGAUGCGAAGAAGAGAGAGGCGAUGAAGGAGACGACGCCGAAGACGGGGGAUGCGGGUCAAAUCGUGUCGGAUGCGAAGACGGCGUAUGAGGAGGAGGUGCAGCCUGAGACGGCUACGGCCUCUGGCUCUGCAGCCAUUGAGACUGAAACUGAGUCGGCUGAGGCGACGACGCCCGCGGAUCUCGAGGAGGAGAAGGAGGAUGCUGAGAUUAGCGCGUCACCUGUGGCGCCUCCAGAGCCCACAGCAGCUACCGAGCCUCAGUCGAAGGACGAGCAUACACAUGUGAAGGGAGAGUUGUAGUUAGCUGGAGAAUGGGAAGUUUGUUCUAUAUAUUAUUAUUGUAGUCGCACGGGAAUACUUACGAGCAUGGGCACCUGUGGAAUUUCAGGGAUCUACGAGUCUUCUUUACUUUCGAUGUGUGUUUACCAGCCCUGCUUUGAAGAUACAUUUUUGCUCG